AUGCUUGUCAAUCAAACAAUUGGAGGAGAAAAUAAUCGACGUAUUGUAAAUUCAUCAAUUAAAAAAUCUAAAAAACAACGACAAGAUUUAUCAUAUGGACGUAAAUUACGUAGUUCAACAAAUACAGAUUCAAUACAAAAUAAAGUACAUCAACAGCAGACAACACCAUUAAAAAAAGAACGAAAAAAACGAAUGAAAAAGAUCAUAAAUCAUUCAGAACAAGAAAUAACAAUUACGAAAAGUAUUGAAGGAAGAAAAAAUACUAAUGUACUUGAAAUUAAACAAGAAAAUGAUUUUGUUAAUAAUUGUUCAUUACUUGAUCCAUCAUCAAUGUCUCAUCCACUAUUUGAUUCUAUGAUUGAUCAUAAUCAGUUUUGGCAUUCGAAUCAGAUAAUAACUCCAACUGGUUAUUAUUUACCAUAUGAUCAUCAAUCAAAUACAAGUUAUCAUCUAUCAACAAGUGAUAUCGAUAAUUCAGAUUCACCUGUACAUGAUAAUACGACAAAAUCAAACAACAAUUGUGGACAAUCAAGAAAAGAUAAAUCACUUGGUUUACUUUGUCAGAGAUUUAUUUCAAUGUAUCCACCUAACGUUCAUCCUGGUGAAAUGAUUGUUAUUUGUCUUGAUAAAAUGGCUCGAGUUCUUGAAACAAAACGAAGACGUAUUUAUGAUAUUGUCAAUGUUCUUGAAUCAGUUGAAACAAUGAGUCGAAUUGCUAAAAAUCAAUAUCAAUGGCAUGGUCUUGGAAAUUUAGGUCAUACAUUAUCAAAACUUAAGACGUUAGCAUAUAAAUCUGGUUUUGUUGAAUUUGCUCGUUCAAUUCGUGAACAAAUCGAUCAAAUGGUUCUCUCGGGUCAAUUAAAUACCGGUCAAGGAACACAAAAUGAAGCAUUAAAAUGUAUUCAAAUCGUUUCAACUGGUAAAAAUGUUUCAUCAUCAGAAAAUGAUGAAGUUGCUCGUGAAGAAAAAGCACUUGGUAUUAUGGCACAAAAAUUUCUUAUGCUUUUUCUAACAUCCGAUGAUCGAAUUGUGAAUAUUAUAUUUGCGGCUAAAGUUUUAUUGGGCGAUUCAAAAAAUGAAAUAACAGAAUUUGGUCGUUAUAAGACAAAAGUUCGACGAUUAUAUGAUAUUGCAAAUGUAUUGUCAACAAUUAAUUUAAUAACAAAAGUUACAGAUCCAAGUUAUCGUGGACCUCGACCUGCUUUUCAAUAUAUUGGACCUCGAACUGAGAUUAUUCAUCAUGCAGAGAAUGUUGUUGAUUUUAUCAAUUCGGAAAAUACGAAAUCAAAUUCUAAACAUUCAUUAUUUGAUCAUUUUAAACGAAAUCUUUUUCUUAACUGUACUAUUCCAAGAUUUGAUCCAAGAAAUGGUUUACUUGGUCUUAAAAGUGCAUUAGAUAUGAGUGGUCGAAGUAGUUCAGGUGUUACAGUUACUGGUGUUUAUUCAAAUUCUAUUGGCGGAGUUAAUCCCAAUCUAGAUGAUGAUAUUCAACAUCCAACAAGUAGUGAAAAUUCACUAACAACACAUAAUUCAAUAUCCUAUAUUUCCGAAUCAAAAAAACGAAAAUAUUCUAAACAUAAUGAUAUUGAUAAUCAACAUAAAAGUAUUCUUGCUCCAUCAAUUGGAUUUGGUAAUACAUCAUCAAUGAAUCUCUUACCACAAGUAUCUCAUUCCGGUUAUCUCCAAUUUCCUUCACAUGAUUCAUCGGUUACGUAUGAUUCUUCAAAUCUUCUUACAUAUAAUUGUCAUCAAACAUGGUUAAUAAAUGAUGAUAAUUCCAAUACUUCAUCAAUCAAUAAAACAGCACGUCGUCGUAAUUCAACCGUAGUUAAUAAUGGUCCAAAACGACCCGUUGGACGGCCACCAAAAAAACUUCAACAACAAAAACCUGAUGAAAUUAUUCUUCAACAUUCGGAAUCAAAUUCUUUAAUUGAACAAACAACUUUAUCUGAACAAUCAACAAAUCUAAAAUGUCAUCCACAAGAUUUACAAGAUAUUAAUGUUGAUGUAUUAACAUAUCAAAUGCGAAGUGUUCUUCCAUCAAUAAGUCAUUCAAUAAAUUUAACAAAUUCAUUAUUUAAACAAGAAGAUAUUUUAUCACCAACGAAUAUUUAUCAUUAUGAUGAUGAUUUAAUUGAAACAAAUACUCUUCCAAGUAUUAAUUCAUUUAUGAAUAAAAAAUAUCUUCUUUAA